GAGAACAUUGUAUUGCGAAGUAAUCAUCAAUAUUAUUGUCCAUCUUCGUAUAUGUUAUACUAUUUUUAUAAUUUUUGUCCAUCUUCGUAAUUUUUAUUCAUCUUCUAUGUUAUAAUAUUUUUAUAAUUUGGCUUGUGUUAUAUUUGAAGCAAAAAAUACCACAUUUAUAAAAUUAAUACAGUAUUAAAUGGCAUCGCCAUCGUUGCCAAAGCGCGGCAGGCCAAAACUAGGCAUUGAAGUUCACCGGAUUGGCCUACGAAUAGACGUCUAUAACGAGUGGCAGGUACAAAAAGAUUUGGUUGGAAUGGCUGAGAAAACCCAUAGUGAAUUCGCUAGUCACCUACUGCAAAUGUGUGAAGAAAUGAGAGUGCGUCAAAACAAUCAACAAUGCUCAACUCCAUCGAGUCAAUCCCAAGGGCAAGGUGAGUUUAUUAUAAAUUAUAUGCCAUGAUUAUUCUUCCAACACCUAUGAUUUUAAGGAAAUGGAAUCUUCGUAUUUUAGUAUUUGUAUUUUAUUCAUGUAUGCUUGAUUAUUUACAGUGCCAGUGGAUAAAUGUUGGAACGAAUUUUAAUUAUGAUACAAAUAUUUGUUUUUUGUUCCAUCAGGUCAUGUUGUCCAGUCUACGCCAUCACGACUUGUUAGAAGAUCACUAAUUCCUGAAGAUAUUCAUCUGUCUCCUGUUCUGGCUGACGAAUCUGAGAUUGAUAAGUAGAUUCUAGAUAGAAAUAGAACUUUCCCACACCAUUCCAAAUAUAAGCUCCCCCCCCCCGAAUAUAAUCCCCCCCACAUAUUGAAUAUAAUAUCAUUUUUGUUUCUUUUCAUGUUUAUAAUUAACAAUAAAUACUUGGUUACCAAUGUUGUCCAUGUAUAAGCCCCCUGUAUAUACUGUAAGGUGUAUAAGCCUCCCCCUAUAUAUAAGCCCAUCAAAAAACACUUACAAAAUUUAUAUAAGCCCAGGGCUUAUAAUCGGGGGUUUACGGUAUUCGCUCACUAUUUACAGGACAGUAGAUGUUGCAGACACGUCGAUUUGUCCCAGUUUGGAUGUUAGCAGAAUUGAGAGUCUGUGCACAAACAUCAACCCUGAAUUUGGAAUGUUUCCUGGUAGGCUGUCAUCAGAAUCGGAAAGUGAGAUAUCUGAAUCUUCAGAAACAACAAGGUGAACAUUACUUUAUAGUAUUAUCAAGUGCAUAAAUUAUGAUACUAUGACUACACUUGGAAAUAUCCAGAGUCCUCGUUAGCUACAGUAGAUAUAAUAUUUUAAUACUUUUUCCAUUUGUGCACUGCAUUAACAUAUUUUUAAUUUAUAAACAAGCAGCUCGGAUUUGGUCAGUUCAGAAUAUGCUAUGUAUGAUGCUGAUGAGGAUGAUAUGGAUAAUUUUGAACGGUGUGACGACAGUUUUUAUGACAAAGAUUUCAUGGAUGUUGACGAUGAGAUGUAAGUAAAAUAUUAUUAAGUAUAAUAGUAAGAUUGAGAUUUUCACUCGGCCUUGGAACUCCAAUUAUUUUGUGAAUACAUGCUGUCAAGGCCACUUUUGAAUGUUGUCAGGUCGCUCUCAGGCAUUGAAGGGUAAAAAGUAAACAAAGUUCAAUUAACAGAAUUUGUGAUUGACAAGUAUUGUGGGAUAUGAGAGGACUAUGAAAAUAAACAAUCCAAAUUAUUAUUUAGAAGCAAAAUGUAAAAACUUUGAUUCAAGAAUAUUGGAAUCAAAGAUGUUAUUUUGCAAGUAGUUUUAACUAAGCAAGCACUCUGAUAACUAAGCAAGCACUCUGAUAGCAAUGCCUUUUACACUGACCAACAGCACCUUGACAACAUUCAGAUAUGGCCUUAACAACGUUGUACCACCGCCUUGAUAACAUACACUGUGUGGUGAUAAAGUUUUUGUAAAUGUUCAAACAUUUAAACAAAACAUUUGGCAUUCCAAGGUUGAAUGAAAUCACAUUAAUUAUUUUGCUUUAUAAAGUGAGAUUAUGAUAGUGAAAGUCACAUUGUAUCAGUUUACCAGUAAACAGACCAAUCAAAAGCAAUUUUUCAUACCAGAAAAAACAUGGAGGUCAGAUUUUUCCUUUCAUGUUGAAGUAUUCAGAAUUCUUCAUGUGUACUUUGGGUUUUCACCCAUACCAAAAACAUAGUAAUUGAGUGUAGUUGUAGAACAUAUGUAUUAUGGGCCCAUGGCUAGCUUGGCUUAAAGUGGGAAACCCAUACCUACAAGUAUUAGUAUUGAAUUCAUUGUAGUAAAUGCAGUACUAUUUUCUUUUGAAGUUUUGAAGAGGCUGAAGGAGAUGUGACAUUAACUGCUUCAGAGGGUGAAUCUUCAGAGGGUGAGCCUGAUCAUACUAAGGGAGAGGAAGAUAUGGAUGUGAGCUAUUUUGAAGAAUGGGAUAGAACUAACAUAGAGGUACAGCAUGGUCCAGAGACAAGGGAUGAUUGGGCACAGAGAUUAUUAAAACAGCUGAAAGAAGAAUUUGAUAAAGUGAAUGUUGCAGGAAAACAGAGCCAGAUUUUUGCAGACCAUGGUCAACAGAGUCGAACAGUUGUUGAGGUAGAUAAAUUGUUGGAAUUAUUUAAAAACAAUUGCCAAAUGCAUCUAUGUACUGGACAAAGUAGAGUUGAAAAUUGGAAAGCUGAUGGGGGUGUUUUAAUAAUCACAUGGAGAUGCUGUCAUGGUCAUGGUGGGGUCUGGUCGUCAUCAAAGGUUUUGUGCGUAAAGAAGGAACAGAAUGUGUACACCACUACCAUAAUGAUAGCUGCAGAAAUUAUUAUCACAGGUGGCAAUUAUGAAAAGUUUGCACUAUUUUGCAAAUUUCUUGGUCGGUCAUUCAUCUCAAGGUCAACUUUUAUGAGAAUCCAAAAGAAGUAUGUGAUUCCUGAGAUCAAGAGAUUUUGGAAAGACAUGAAGGCAUCGAUAUGGAAAAUCUUUUUUGGGGAAAGCAUCAUUCUUUGCGGUGAUGGCAGAAAUGAUUCACCAGGUUUCAGUGCUAAGUAUUGUGUGUAUGUACUUAUGGAGCAGUUUGUCAAUGUAAUCGUAGAUAUCGAAGUUGUAGACAAGCGUGAAACUGGUGGGGUGUCAACCAAUAUGGAAGUUUAUGGACUGAAAAAACUGUUGGAACGUGUUGUUGGUGAGAUUGUUGUGUCCGAAAUUGUGACAGAUGCUUCCACGGCAGUUGCCGCACUGGUUAAAAGAAUGAAAGGUAUAAUAAUAGUAGUAAUAGAUUAAAACAUGAAAAUUAGGUGCAGGAAAAAAAAUUAUUUCAUGUCUUCCCAUUAAGUUUUAAUGCAUUGUGUCCUAAUGCACCUACAUUAUUAUUUUACUCUGUCUAAUGCCAGAUGAUUUUCCUAGACAAUCCUGUUCAUCAAGGGGAGAUGGCACUGGCUCUUAUAAAUGGGUUAAUUAAUUAAAUAUAUUUUAUGGAUUUUUUAGAUAAAUAUCCUAAUGAAUUUGGUAACCUGUUUCAUGCGCUUGACAUUUGGCACAAAUCUGUAAAGUUGACAAAGAAGCUGUCAAAGGUGAUAUUUAACUUCACUCCCUUAUACAAUAUACUGUACGUUAUUGUGUCAUUUAGGAAUAUAUAGUAAUCAUUAAAUUAAAUAAAACAUAAUCUCUUUAAGUGGUGAACAUGGGGGAGAGUAUUAUUUUAGACAAAAAAAGUUUAACUAAAAUUUCUAGCUACAAACAUUGGUCAAAUGCUGACACCCUAAAAUCCUCUCGAGUGUCUGCGAAAGAACAUCAUCUUCGCUAUAGAGUCAUAUUUUCCUAAUUGAGAUGUUCGGUUUGAAUAUUUUUGGUUUUAGGCUGCAAAAAUUAAGGGUUGUGAGGUACUAAGCGAGUGGACCGAGCCAAUACGAAACCACUUCUGGUAUGUUGCACAAGAAAGUAAGGGCAACACAGAGAAAUUAAAGGUGAGGAAAGUACUAACUUUCACGUUAGAAUGUCAUCCUUAUAUAUUAUAGUUAAUAAUAAUCAGGGUUUGAAUUAACAGUGUGAAAAUACUGGACCAAAUAGUGAACAUUGCACAUCACUUUUCCAAAUGUUCUGUGGAAAAUCAGACUUGGAAACUAUUGGGACUAUUUGCCUUAUAAAGUAGGGCAUAUUGUAGCUUAUUGGUUUAAUGAAUACACUUUAGGACAGCUGGUUUGGAGUUUUACAUCAUGUUGUUGGUGAACACGAAUGGGCAGAUGGCGAGUGCACACAUGGUCCUCUUGUUUCCACUGAAGAAAACAAGACCUUGAUGGAUAAGGGUUCCAAGGCAAUGGAAGCUUUGCGGAAAGUGGUGAUGGAUCCUCGCUUUCUUAAUGCUUUGCACCAUUAUGUAACAUUCAGGUAUAUUGACCGGUCAUGGGACUUUACAGUGCAUUUCUCAUUAUACACCUGCAGUAAGUUUAUAAUAGGCCCUUCACAGCUGGCCCUGUGCCAUUGCUCUCCAUAACAAUUAAAAUCGUCUAGCGCUAGGGGUAAAAACAAGGGGGUAAAAUCACUUUUGCAUAACAAUAUAUCUGUGCUUUGUCUUACUGUAAUCCUUCGUUUCCAAACCCCACUGAUUUCAAUAUUCUCCACUCACUCAUUGCUCUCAACUGAUACUAUUGAAGUACACCUAUGGUGUUUACACUUGCACUUGUUGUUUGUGACUUGACUUCUAUUGUGAUUUUCUUCUUCUGAUGGAUGUGAAUGAGUAGAUGAGUUAUCAAUGUUCUGAGUACAUAUAUACCCUCAUCUGAACAUUCAUAAUUCAUUCACUCUUUCACAUCCAUCAGAAAAAGAAAGUCGCACCUAAAAUCUCAGCAAAAAGUGGAAAAUAUAAAAAUUGUGAAGUCAUGUGAAGUAAUGAUUUAUUUAUUAGACACACCAGCAAGCUAGAAAAUUUCAAUUCAAUGCUUUUGAAAUAUACACCAAAGCGAGUUGGAUUUCAGUAAGUAAUAUGUAAUCGUAAAUAAUGUAUUUACUAAUGUAUUUGCAACACUCACUCUUUGUUUGGUGUUAGAUGAUAUGGUGGCCACAUAUGGGCAUGUUGCUGUCAUUGUAGCUUAAUGGAUUUCAAAUUGAAAGUCAAGAUAAUUAUGUCAAUUUAUUUAUUAAACUACAACAUUGUUUUAGGAAUGACUCAUUUAUAGCAAGAACAUUACUUGCAGCUAUUGACCACAACAGCCAUCUCUUCAGACAAGCAGCUUUGAACAGGGAUGGAAAGAAGAAAUACAACAAAGUGUACAGCAAGCGUUCAAAGAACUGGAGAGUGACGGCUGUAUUAGAAGAGAAGACCUAUGACUUCUGGCCAGCUCUGACUUCUGGCAUCCUGCAGAGGAGGAUUGAUGACAAGGAUAGUAUCCUAAAAAAAGUAGAACUGUCAGCAGAGCAUCCGAAAAACAUAUGUCAUUCAAUUGCUAUGCAGCCUGUCCCAGCUACGCAAGAAAUUGUUGAUCGGGCACUAUCCAGAUUUGCGAAGCCUACAUGA